AUGGCAGAGGCUCUGCUAGCUGUGGCUGGAGCAGUGAAGAUGACAGAGGCUCUGCCAGCUGUGGCUGAAGAGGUGAAGAUGACAGAGGCUCUGCCAGCUGUGGCUGGAGCGGUGAAGAUGGCAGAGGCUCUGCUAGCUGUCGCUGGAGCGGUGAAGAUGACAGAGGCUCUGCCAGCUGUGGCUGAAGAGGUGAAGAUGACAGAGGCUCUGCCAGCUGUGGCUGGAGCGGUGAAGAUGGCAGAGGCUCUGCCAGCUGUGGCUGGAGCGGUGAAGAUGGCAGAGGCUCUGCCAGCUGUGGCUGGAGCGGUGAAGAUGGCAGAGUCUCUGCCAGCUGUGGCUGGAGCAGUGAAGAUGGCAGAGGCUCUGCCAGCUGUGGAUGGAGCAGUGAAGAUGGCAGAGGCUCUGCUAGCUGUCGCUGGAAGGUAA